GAUCGUCAUAGGAACCCAAUACACUGGGGAGGAGCAAAGGCCGUCACAAAAAUGAAGAAUCUCGGACUUUCUAUCACGUAUGCUCUGGCGUUGGUGACGGGUGCUUUGGCCGUCCCGCCACAACAGCUGGGCCCUCGCCAGCAGCCGUUCAGGUCAACAGCCAUAACCACCCACGCCGAGCCAUGGGCGUUCGCCUUCCUGCCCGACAACCGUAUCCUCGUCACCGAGAGACGAGGCAACCUACGUCUCGUCGACCCGACCACCAAGGCCACGAGUACUAUCACGGGCGUGCCUGCUGUCGCCUACGGCGGUCAGGGCGGCCUCCAUGACGUCGCCUUGCACCCUAACUACGCCGAGAACAGCAUCAUAUAUCUCAGCUACGCCGAGAGCGGCUCCGGCGGGGCGGGCGGCGCAGUCGCGCGGGCCAAGCUGACGCUCAACGCCAACGGCGGCGGCUCGCUCUCCGGCCUCGAGGUCAUCUGGCGCCACUCGCAAAAGGCCUCGGGCGGACUCCAGUUCGCCUGCCGCCUGCUCUUUGACAAGGAGGGCGCGCUAUGGAUCUCGUCGGGCGAGAUCAACCAGAUGACCCCGGCCCAGUCCAUGACCAGCAACCUCGGCAAGAUGAUCCGGCUGUACGACAACGGCACCGCCUACGCAGGCAACCCGUUCGCCAGCCAGGGCGCCGUGCAGGCGCAGAUCUGGUCGCUGGGUCACCGCAACCCGCUGGGCAUCGACUGGGACGCGCAGGGGCGUCUAUGGGAGGUUGAGAUGGGCCCCAUGGGUGGCGACGAGCUCAACCUGAUCGAGAAGGGCGCCAACUACGGCUGGCCGCUCGUGUCGCAGGGCCGGCACUACGACGGCCGGACCAUCCCCGCGCACAGCACGCGGCCUGACUUUGCGCCGCCCAAGGCCUUCUGGGUCCCCGUCAUCUCGCCGGCGGGAUUGAUCAUCUACAAGGGCGACCUGUUUUCCAGUUGGAAGGGCAAUGCCAUCAUCACGGGCCUCAGCUCGCAGUCAAUUGUGCGCGUGACCAUCACGGGUGACACGGCGAGGGAGGCCCAGCGCAUCUCGAUGGGCAGGCGCAUGCGCGGGAUCCGGGAGGAUAAGGACGGCGCUAUCUGGGUGAUUGAGGACGGUGCCAACGGUCGGCUGUUGAAGCUUACCCCGAACUAACUUGCGUUAGUGAGAGACUUGGGGAAUUUGGGACCGCACGUACAUAGGUGUAGAGUUAGGGUAGCAGAUAUGAUCUGGUAGUACUUUGACGGAGAGCCGGGGUAUUGAAAGGAGAUUUAGAUCUUUGACAGCUUCUAUCACGUACCGGUACCCUCAUUAUC